AUGGCAGAAUCCGCAGUUUCCUUUCUGCUUGGGAAGCUUUCUAUGCUCGUCGAGAAAGAGGUUAAACUAUUGAAAGGGGUACGUGGAGAAAUCGUACUCAUCAGAGAUGAAUUUGAGCACAUGAAGGCCUUCUUAGAACGUGCCGAGUCGUUGCAAGAAGAUGAUCCUGAGUUGAAGAUAUGGGUGAAACAAGUUGCCAUUAGAGCCAGAGCAUUAUCAAUGGAAUUGGGGUGUUACACAUACGAUGUGGAGGAUAUUCUGGAUGAAUUCACGCUCAACUUGGCAACAGAUCAUGGACAUGGGUUCAUGAAGUGCUUUCACAAGAUCAAGUCAUCCAUACAUAACUUGAAAGCACGCCAUCAUAUCUCCUCCAAGAUAGAUGAUAUCAAGUCAAGAGUCCACAGCAUCGGCGAAAGGCAUCAGCGAUAUAAUUUGAAGCCAUAUGACGGGGAGCAAAGUGCGAGGGCAUCCAGCAGAGGCACCUCCUGGCACGAUCUCAGGGAGGACACUUUUCUUGUCCAGGAAGGUGAACUGGUGGGGAUUGACAAGCCGAGAGAAGAUCUUAUUAAUUGGCUUGUUGAUGGAGAACCCGGACUUGAAGUUAUAUCGAUCUUAGGGAUGGGGGGUUCUGGGAAGACCACUCUGGCAAAAAGAGUCUACGACGAUUGCCAAGUGAAAGCCUACUUCCAAAGCCAUGCAUGGAUCAGUGUCUCCCAGACUUAUAAUAUUGAGAGUAUCUUGAGGGACAUAAUUGCUCGACUACAAGGAGAAAUUCAGCAGCCGGUUCCUCAAGGAUUAGAAUCCAUGAGUAUCGCGAGCCUCAAGCAGAAAGUGAAAGACUUUCUGCAGCAAAAGAGGUACGUCAUUGUUCUAGAUGAUGUAUGGAACUUGGAAGCACUAGAUGGUAUAAAAAGUGCAAUGCCUAAUAGCAGCUUCUGUAGCCGAAUAAUAAUCACUGCUCGUAUGGCUGACGUUGCUACUGUCUCAUCCAACCCGUCAAAAGUUUAUACCCGUAUGCCCUUAUCUCCAGAAGAAUCAUGGUCCUUAUUCUGCAAGAAAGCCUUCCGUGGGAAGCCCUGUCCUCCUCACCUAGAACACCUUUCUCUACAGAUUUUGAGAAAAUGUGAGGGUUUGCCACUGGCCAUAGUGGCAAUUGGUGGCCUUCUCUUUGCAAAAGAUGGCCAAGAAUGGGCGAUGAUUAAUCGUAGCCUUGCUGCAGAACUGGAAAGCGAUGACAGGAUGCAAAUUUUCAGGAAAAUUCUCAGCUUGAGCUACAAUGACUUGCAUUAUAACUUGAAAAGUUGCUUUUUGUACUUGGGAGUAUUUCCUGAGGAUCAUGAGAUUGAGUGUAGUAGACUCAUCCGUCUGUGGAUCGCAGAAGGAUUUGUUGAGAAAAGAGAAGGGAUGACACAGGAGGAGGUUGCUGAAAGAUACCUGAAGGAGCUUAUAAACCGAAGUUUGGUGCAAAUUGCAGAAAGAGUUUCAGGCGGAAGGCUAAGACGUUGUAGGGUACAUGACCUAAUGCGUGAAAGCAUCCUUUCUAAGUUAAGGGAUGAAAACUUUGUUUCGUUCGCAUCUGAGCAGAGAAAAGAAUUGAACGAAAGAGUGCGGCGUCUGUCAGUCGAAUCCACCAACAACAAUGCACUGAACCAGCUAAUCCUCCCCCGCCUACGUUCUCUGCUCAUUUUUGAGGUAGGAGAAUCGUCAAGCUCAGAUGGGCAAUUCGUCCCAAGUGGCUCUAAGCUGUUGAGGGUGUUAGAUCUGGGAGGCUCGUCCCUUCACAACUUCCCCAGACAAAUACUAGACCUGUUCCACUUGAAGUAUCUAAGUUUGAGAGGGACCAACGUGAGCAUCAUUCCUAGGUCAAUUGGGAAACUCCAAAAUCUGGAGACUCUGGAUCUUAAACAGACGUUGGUCUCUGAGCUGCCUGUGGAGAUAACCAAGCUCACGAAAUUACAGCAUCUGGUGGUGUACAGUUAUACGGGAGUGAAUGACCUAGGUUUUGUUACGGGAUUUUCUGCUCCCCAGGGCAUUGGAGCGCUGGCAUCACUGCAGAAAUUGACCUGUGUAAAAGCUGGACGGGGUCGGAGCAAGAAUACAAUGCAAGAGCUGGGUGAAUUAAGUCAACUAACGAGGCUGGGUGUGAUGGGCCUUGAGACAAAUGAUGCAAAGGAACUAUGCCUCUCCCUCGAGAAGAUGACCAACCUGCGAACACUAAGUGUAACCGCAGCAAGUGAGUCUGAAGUUAUUGAUUUGGAUUUUCUAUCUUCUCCUCCCCUGAUCCUUCGGACUCUAAAUAUCCAAGGAUGUCUAAAGGAGCUGCCUCAUUGGGUACCUCUGCUGAACAAUCUGGUGAAAAUGAGUUUGUCACAGUCCAGAUUGAAAUCGAGCCCCCUAAUUGCUCUCCAGAAUUUGCCCAAUCUCGUGGAGCUUGGACUGGUUAGUGCCUUCGAUGGGGAAACAUUGGCUUUUGGAGAUGGAGGGUUCCCAAAGCUGAAGAAGUUGCACUUUGAAGAUCUGGAAAAUCUGAGCUUUGUGUUGAUGAAUGGUCAGGCAAUGCCUUGCCUUGAGAGUCUCUCCAUUGUCGGAUGCCGGCACUUGGACUGGCAAUCAUUACUGGUUGUUAUCCGCAGCCUCGCGAGCCUCAAGGAUCUCGAAUUCUUUGGGAUGCCAGAAGAAUUUGCUCUUGCGUUCUAUCCGCAAAGCAGUAGCGGAAUGAGGGAGGGUAUCGUGCAAGAGUGCUAUGAGGAGGUGAUGGAACGUAACCCGGAAGUCUCCUUUAUCUGGCAGAUAGAGGAUCACUGGGAGAUACAUGAUCUUAGCAUCCAAUCCUACAAUGUCAUCAAGGGUAGGGCGAUGAGCCGCGAUGAGGUUCUGCCUCUAGUUUCGUAGAUCGUAGGGAUAUGCUGGCCCCCCUGCUAGUCCCUUUGGUCCGUCAUUGAUCCUAGAAGACCAUCGUCACGAGCAAGAAGAUCCUCCGCCGCUUUUAUGACUCCUUCCAUUAUCGAUAUUUUUUAUCUAAGAACUUUCAUAU